AUGCCGCGGGAUGCCGCCGAUCAUGAUGGGCGUCGUCAUUGGCUUGCAUUUGCUCAACUCGGUUCUCACGACACUUUACCUGUCUCCACGAUGGAGAAAUCUCUACCCAAGUACACCGACUCUACUGAAACGACUGAAGCCAAGAAACAACAUGAACCACAACUUUUCCCAAGACCUCCUAUCCGGACGGUUGUGAUAUUUCUACUGUUCUGUGCUGUCUAUUAUUACGUCCUAUUCUCCGCAUACCUUCAUGAGGAAGAGAUAAGACCUGCUGCAUGUCAGCAACCGCAUCCUGCGGCGCUUCCAUCUAAUCUAUCGAGCUUUACGGAUGCACCGGGAUUCGCAGAGGCAGCGGCGAAGAGAUUGGCAGGGGCAGUGAUGAUCCCCACCAUGUCGUUCGACGAUAUGGGCCCCGUAGAUGAAGAUGAACGCUGGAAGCCCUUCAAUGACAUGCAUGCAUAUCUAAGGAAAACCUUUCCACUGACACACUCGACAUUAGAACUGGAUAUAGUCGGAGGUUACUCAUUAGUCUUUACUUGGCGGGGAUCUCAAUCGACCGAAUUGUUCCAACCCCUGAUGCUAACCGGUCAUAUUGAUGUAGUACCCAGCCUUACUUCCCUGGACCGAUGGACAUAUCCUCCUUUUUCUGGAACAGUAGAUGAUGAGUGGAUCUACGGGAGGGGAUCCGGAGACUGUAAAAACAAUGUCAUUGGUAUUCUGACCGCAGUAGAGCACCUCAUAUCAGUUGGUUGGACUCCCAAAAGAACGAUCAUUCUCGCUUUCGGUCAGGAUGAGGAAAUUUCUGGACCUCGAGGCGCGGCCAGUAUUGGGGCCCACUUGGAGAAGAUUUAUGGAAAGAACGGUAUUUUUAUGGUCAUCGACGAGGGUGGAAUGAACCUCGAGACAUCUUACGGAGCGGAGUUCGCCCUGCCAGGAAUCGCUGAAAAGGGAUACCUGAACGUAGAAAUAGAAGUGGACAUGCUGGGAGGCCAUUCUUCAAUUCCUCCACCCCAUACAUCCAUUGGUAUUUUAUCCAAGAUUGUGUCAGCAAUUGAAGAUUCCACCGUGUUCCAACCCCACCUUGAGCACGCAAGCCCAAUCUGGGGAUACCUGACCUGCGUAGCUGAACAUGGAGAUACUAAUCUCGUGCCUUCAUGGAUAAAGGGAGGAGUCACAUCCAAGCAUCCUAACAUGGCGGCCAUUGCCAAACGCUUUGCUGACAUGUCUGUGGGGAAUCAAUACCUAGUCCAGACGUCGAAAGCUGCGACUAUAUUUAACGCCGGAAUAAAGAGCAAUGCACUUGCCGAGAGCGCCAGAGUGCUUUUCAACUCCCGCAUUGAUUUGUUCAGCUCUCCUGCUGAGGUCCAAGAAAAGUAUCGGAAGCUUAUUAAACCUAUAGCUGAAAAAUAUUCUCUUCUAUUCGAAGGCAAUUCUGUUUCACAGCCCCCAUACAUCGGCAAUAUCACCGUUGAUUGGACGAGCCCGCAUGAACCCAGCCCUAUAUCUCCUUUUAAGGUCGAGAGUUCCCGUGCGUGGUAUAUCUUCUCCAGAGCUGUUCAGGCAGCGUUUGGGGAGGGUGUGAUCACGGCUCCCAGUGCUAUGACUGGAAACACAGAUCGCAGAAUAUUUAUCGCUGGAGCCCUACCAGAGCAGGCACCAAACUCAACAUUCACACCGUCGACGAGAAAAUAA